AUGAAGUCACCAUCGUCUUCGGAUUCGGAGAAAGACUUACUCUUCAACGUCCAAAGUGGAUCAGUGACAGGAGUCGAGCAUUCCUUAAAACGAGGUGUCAACAUCCACGCCCACAACAAUAUGAUUUCCGGUGACACAGCUCUUCAUUUUGCAGUCAUGGGACAUUUUUACAACCAAUACGCAGAUGAAAAAUGUCCCUACCUGAAAAUUGCAAAAAUCCUUUUGAAAAAUGGCGCCGAUGUCAAUUUUCCCAAUUACCAUGGUGUGACUCCACUUCAACUAGCUUUAUUGCGAGGAAAAAUUAAGAUGGUCCAAUUGCUUCUCAACAAAGGAUCCGAAAUUAAUAAAAUUCUCCGAGGAAUCCACCGUGACUUUGAUCUUCAUCAUCAAACGCGAAGCAUUGUCGAUUUUUUAUUACGAAACAAAACCUUCCGAGUCUCUUCCAGCGAUUAUCCAAUUCUUCUGCAGUUCGCUCUCAGACAUGGGGACGAAAAAACCUUCGAAAUGAUUUUGAAAAAGAAAGUAGAAUUCGAUAUUAAUGCUAUUUUGCCAACAAUGAAUUAUGCGAUUAUUCAUCUGGUUGUUCAAAAUGGCACUGUCAAAAUGAUCAAAGACCUUAUUGACCAUGGUGUUGAUAUUGAAAGAAGGGACAUCCACGGCAAUACGCCGAUUCAUGAAGCUAUAAAGAAAAGAAAAAUUGAUCAUUUUAUUUAUCUUUUGAAAUGUGGUGCUUCCGUUUUUUGUGAAAAUUUUCAGGGAAGAACUGCUCUUCAUACUGCUGCUGAAUACAAAGCAGAGGAAAAAAUUGUAUACUUGAUUUUAAAUAAAGGGAUUAAUGUUAAUAUCAGAAGUCAAGUAGAUGGCAAGACACCACUUCAUGUGGCUUGCAGCAAAUUAGAUAAUCUUGAAAUCGUCAAAUUUCUAGUCAAAAAUGGGGCUAAUUUUGAUACGAAAGACCGAUAUGGUGAAACUCCGUUGCAUAUGGCUAUGCAUUCUUAUGUUAAAGCGGAAUUAGUAGAGUACCUUUUGGAAUUGAAAGCCAAUGUUAAUAUUCAGGAUGUGAAUGGAGACACUGCGUUGUCAACUGUUUUGCACUUGUCCUAUGCUAUUGAUAGAAAAAUAGAAAUUUUAGUUGCCCAUUUGGCCAGAAUGAUCGCUGGUAAAUUAGAUGUCUGUGCGAAAAAUUUGGAAAUGAUUGAACACCGUGUCGUGAAUGAUUACUAUCAAAUUUGCCAUUCUGAACUUUGUCAAAUGAAGGAGAAAAUUUGUCCUUCCAGUACUGUUUCAUAUCUAGAUUUGCUUACGAAAAAUGUGCAAAAUUUCUCGGCGUUUAUUUGGAAUGAAGAGAUCAUGACAGUUUUAAAUUCUCGUUCUUAUUUGGACAAAUUUCAUAUUUAUGGGGAUUUUCUGGAAAGGAAAAUAAACAAAGCAAAAUCGCGAGGUUUAUUGAUGCAGAAGGUUACGGAAAUUUUUUACUGUCGACUUGAAAUAAAGUUGCCGCAUGUAGUUCUGAAUCAAUUAUUUUCCUACAUGAAUGAACUGGAAUUGAGUUAUUUUGUUGAAACUUUUCUUUCGUGAAAAAGAGACAAAUUUAGGUUUCUAGUAGUUCUUUUUCAAAUAUAGGGAAAAUCAAUUUGGAGUCUGAUUCCAAAUCAAAAGUGCAAUACUAAGUAGAUGUGGAGAUUUUUGUAUAUAUUCAUUGUAUAUAUCAUUCAAAAUAUUGUAUGUAAUGAAUUUGUAAAUAUGCACAUUUUAUGUUUAAUAUGAAUUCUUCGCUUUGUUGUUAAUUAUAAUAAAUUUUAAGUCACGAUAGUCAGGUCUAAAAUAUUUAAUAAGUUUCGAACUAGCACAGUACUAUGAGAUUGAAAGAGUGCUCAUUUUUAUAAAAAAAAAGCCUCGUACUUGUUUGUAUUUUCAAAUUCGCUUGGUUUUGCUAUUAGGUAUUAGAAUUAUAUUGUAAAUAUUUUAGAAUAAGGACCGCAACUACUUUGUGUGAACCUAGGGUUCAAGAAAAAUUAAUUGU